AUGGAGUUCUUCGAGGUUCACCAGCGACCUCCGAACGCAGUGCACAAUGUUCCUCAUGUCAAGUGGUCACCGCCAGCAGAGGGUGGAUACAAAGCUAAUUUUGAUGCGGCUUUUUUUGAGAGUAGUGAGCUUGCUGGAAUUGGGGUGGUGGUUCGGGACAAUUCUGGUAAUGUCAUGGGAGCGUUGAGUCAAAAAAUCUCUAGACCCCAGUCCGUGGAGCAUGCUGAAGCCCUUGCCGCCUGUAGAGCUGUGAUCUUGGUGAAAGAAUUAUUGCUCUCCCAAGCGUGUUUUGAAGGUGAUUGCCAACGGGUCAUUCAAGCCAUCAAUGCAGGUGGUCCCAACCGUACUCUGUUUGGCCAUAUUAUUGAAGAGAUUUGCAAUUUCAGCUCAUCUUUAGCAAGUUGUUCCUUUGUUCAUGUACGUAGAGAGGGUAAUAAAUUGGCACAUGCCCUAGCUAGAAGAGCAGUUUUAUCUGCAGACACUGAUGUAUGGGUAGAAGAGCUACCCAAUGACUUGGAUGAUGUAUUCCGCUUUGAUUUAGUUCAAUAA